AUGUCUGCCCAGCGGAUUGGCAUUUUUACCAUCGACUUCCCGGAUCCGCUCGUGAUCGACUACGAUAACAACCAGUUCAUCACCCUGAACGACUCCGUCUCGUUCCAGUAUCGCAUCCUCAACAACAUCCAGACCCUGUCCACCAAGGGCGUCGACAGCAACCAGGACCCAUACGGCAUUCUCUACGUCCCCGAUGUCAGCACAAACAGCUGUAGGGAACAAGAACGACUUCACGUGCCCGAGAAUGCGACGCGGAUAGCGAACCUGCCCACCGACAAGGACUACGCCCUCAUCGCCGUUGCGCCCUGGUUCUCCGCGCAAUGUACGACGGAGUACUUCGCCGCCGCGCGCAACCUUCCCACCAAGGCCUUCCUCACAUAUCAGCCAGGCGACACCAACGCCAAGCCCCCAGUGCUGAACGAUGCGUCGUGGAACCUUGAGGAUGGCGGUAGUUGGCAGACGGCUAACGACUUUCCCACCUACGCCCUGUCGUCAAUAACGGGCAACAAUAUCAUGGAUCAGCUGAACGAGUACUCUGGAAAUCUCAGCUCAGUGCCCCAUGCCGACGAACUAUCACAGAUCUACAACUCGUCCGACUAUGUGCGGCUAUGGGCAACCGUCAGUACUGACUCCGGUGGUCAGCUUCCAAGUCUAUGGGUCUUCCUCGUCAUCGUACUAGCAAUCCUCCUCGUCGCUGUCAGCAUCACCUCCCUCAUCAUGCAUAUCAUCCAACGGAGACGGCGCAACGAUCUCCGCGAGCGCGUUCUCAACGGCCAGGUUGACCUCGAAGCGUUGGGCGUCAAGCGCCUCACAGUCUCGCAACAAGUCCUUGACAAACUUCCCAUACAUACCUACACUGCUCCUGCCACUGCGAGUGAGCCCGAGAAAGCGACCACACUCCAACCGCCGAAUCAAACACUGGGAAUGCUACAUGCCGCUGUAGAUGCGGAAACUGGACACAAGGGGGCUCCGUUAUCCCGUCGCUCAUCUGCGCCCACAGUGCCUACAUCUGGCGUGUCGGCUGCGUGGUCUCAGCCUACAUGUCCAAUUUGCAUGGAUGAUUUCGAGACCAACGAGACUCAAUGCACAUACAGCGAGCGCCCAACCAAGCUCUGCAUCCACGGCACCAGCACUGCCAACUCGACCGCCGGUGGCUUUUGGGUCGCUUGGUAG